GCGGAGUGCCGCCCUGUAAUUAACCAGAAGGUUUCGUCGCGUUACGGUGUCACCACAGUCUCCGGAAAUGCAAUACGUGGAUCCGCCCGCGCAACAGAUGAUGAACAUGAUGAGUGGUUACGGUUGUGGGUACGGGCGUGGAGACGCUCUGUCACCGGCCUCGGAUUUGUCCUCGUGCAGUAGUGCCUCAUCGGGGGUGUGGUGCGGCGCGCCGGGCUGGCGCGAGCUGCCGGCGUACCCGGCGCAGUACCCCGCUUACUGGCCGCCCGCCGCCGCAGCCGCCGCCGCCGAGGAAGCCCGCGAACUCCAGCGUCGCUGCGCCAAGUGCCGAUGCCCUAACUGCCUCACAGAAGCUGCCGGCUUCGGACCUAAUUAUGGAAAAGAUGGUGCUAAAAGAGAGCACGUGUGCCACGUACCUGGCUGCGGGAAAGUCUACGGAAAGACAUCUCAUUUGAAAGCUCACCUGCGCUGGCAUACCGGAGAACGACCGUUCGUUUGCAACUGGCUAUUCUGUGGCAAACGAUUCACUCGUUCUGAUGAGCUGCAGAGACAUUUGCGAACUCACACCGGCGAGAAGAGGUUCGCGUGUCAACUGUGCUCCAAAAGAUUCAUGCGCUCAGAUCAUCUCGCUAAGCACGUGAAAACUCACGCGAACGUCUCACGGAAGAAUAAAAAAGUGAAAGAAGACGACAAAGAAGACUCUUUGAAAGCGACUGACGAGAAGAACGAUCAAUCUCGCCAGUCAAAUGGCAAUACAUCACCCGUCGGGAGUACAAACUACGGAACAGUGCUGGUGCAGAAUGACCCUAAGCAUAAUAUGUCAAUAAGUUACGCAGCAGUAGCUCCCAAUGUGAUGCCGAAUUCUGGGAAUGGUUAUAACAGUGCGCCGUAUACUAGUGGUGUGAUGUCGGGUUGGUACCCCGAGGUGCGUCAGGAGCCCCUGUAUGCGCGCCCUCCUGCGAGAGACCAUCGCAUGUACCAACAGUACUCCACUCCAAUAAGCACGUAUCAAUGUGCCUCAAAGGAAAACUACCCCUUGUUCCAAGGUCAUUAUAACUUACAACCUCCGGUAGCACUGGGACAAUAAUACUAGUGUUGUGAAAUUGUAAAUUGACUUUGAAGUAAAUUUCUGUAAAUAUAUUCCUGCUGUUUUGCUAUUGUCUUUUAGGAUUAAGUUGAUUGUUAUUUUAACAUUUUAAGUUACCACGAAAAUUGCCAUGUGAUGU